CGGAGAAGGCCAGGAGUAACUUGGAGAUGGUCGGACCUGGAAUGAAAUUUGAAACUGGCACAAGACCGCUCUCGCUGGAGCCUGGAGAGAAACUGUGAAAGCCUUAUAUGUCCCAUGGCGCGACAACGAUUUCUUGGCGUCGAUUGAUGGUGGACAAAAGAAAUUAAACCUAGAAUUCUGUUGUUAACUACUGGAUCAGAAGAGGUCAAAGCCCACGUAAAUUCAUUGGUAUUGUCUUUAUAUAAUUUUGGAAAAGGCUUUUAUGAUCCUUUAUCGGUGAUGCCGCUCGAGCUUAGUGCAAUGCAACCCACGUGAUGUGCCUUAACCGACAAAAACUGGGUCGAGACGUAGUCCCGCUGUUUUCCGACCGUUUCCCGCCAUUUUUAUCGGGCUUCCGAGAACGGAGUUUAGGAUCGGCAGCUCUCGUCUUUGUUUUUCAUUGGAUCCGCAACAAACUACACUGACAGUGACGAAAAUACUCUUAGUUGAAAAAUCCGUUAGCUGUUGUAACUGUAUUAGUGGUGGGUUUAUCGCAUUUUAAAUCCUGGUUUGUUCCGUUUCCGUUCGGAAUUGUCGCUAACAGGAUUGUUAUCAAGGUAUUGAAGUCUGAGAUUUUUGUCUUGAGGAAGGUAACUGACUGAAGUUACUCUUGGCAUGGAUGAGUUUGUAGAAUGUGGCGCCAGCAUUCCAUCUGGUACCUUAAAAGAGAAAAUCUUGGCUCUUUUAGUGUCUAACAAGAGGUCUGUGAAAGUUCUUGCAAACGUGCUGCAGAUCGACCCAGUUCACGAGCUUGUAAGCAGUUAUGAAGAAUGCCAUGGACAAGUGUCUUUAGAUACAUGGAAGUAUGUUCUUCAACAGCUUGGAUACUCUAAAGAACAUUUUCAGCAACUUAUGCUUGCUGAUCAGAUGAUAGCUGAUACCACAGAUAUAGUAGGCUGCAUAGAUGACUUAGAAGGGAAUAACUGUGAUGCACAGAGCAUUCCAAGGGAUUGGCCAGAAUGGAGCUUGCCUCCUCCAGAUGAAAGCUUGUUAAAGGAAAAUAUAGUGGAGGAUGCUGCUAAAGGUGAGGAUGAUCAGGAUUCUUCCAUGCAGGCAGCUGCAGAAAAAGGCCCCUCACUUGAGAACAAUACACUUUCAUCAACUGUCCAGUCAUUGUCUCAAGGGAAUAGCUCAACACUUGGUCUUGUUCCUGUAGCUGAGAAUGGAAGAAGUCAGCAUGAGAAUUCUCCUCUGGCUGUGAUAGAGGGAAGAGAAGAAAACCUUGAAGCAUCAAGUGUACAAGCAGACUACAAGCAGCAGGCAAUUGAUAAAACAGCAACACCUUCAAGACCGACUACGCCAGAAGCAGCACGUUCCACACAUGACCCAGUUGUGACAGGUCAAAAAAGAUCACACCAGAAUAAUGCUGCUGCUGAGGCUCAUCCUCUAGGGAAUGGUGAACGAGAUUUGGAGUGCAGUAAUCAAGAAAGUGGCAACCCUUACAAGACUCCUACGGAAAAUGAUUGUAUAGCUGAAAAUGAUUGGACAGAGAACAACAAUGGUCUCUAUGCUGAAUUACAAAAGGCAAAUGAGUCUUCACAGCUAAGUGUUUCCUACUUGGUUGAGGAAUUACGAAAGAAGGAUUUAGUCUGUGCUUGGCGACAGAACAAGUGCAACAGUCUGCAACAACAAUUAGAGGAAUGUAGAGGUCAAUGUACUCAACUACAGAUCAUCAAUGAAGGGUUCAAAAGACGUUUAGAGGAAAGUGGGGAAUUGGAAAUUGAAAGUCAACGAUUGAUCAGAAUGACUCAACAGGUCUGCAUUUGGAGAGAACAGGAGAAUAACAGGCUGGAAGAGCACAUCCGGCAGCUGGAUGAAAGACAUGACAAUGCUAACCGCUUCAUGGAAGAUCUAAGGAGAGAAAAUCAGGAGUUGUCUGAGGAACUACGGUUAGCCUUUAAUCAGAUGUGGGAUUUGCAAGGACGUGACCACAAUUUGGAAAGGGAACACGAGCGGUUACGAUUACAAUAUGAAGAGAGAGUGGCUGAAGCAGCUCGAGCUUUUAACAAUGUUGAGACAGAUAAAGUCAAAAGGCUGAAGCAGAAGUUAGCUCAGGAGAAAAGUAGAAGAAAAACCCUUCUUGAGGAAAACCAUCGGCUAACCGCAUUGGUUAAAGAGUUGAGAUCCAAGGAGGAGGGUCAUUUUCCUUCUGGUGGCUCAGGUGAAGAUGACGCGGGAGACAAUCCCGAACCCAGCACCACUGCUUCAAGUGAAGUAGAGGAUGAUGAACAAUCAGGAUCAUCAAACCACACCCAACAAUCAGAUUCUGAUAGUUCCAGUGAAGAUGACCGUUUAGAGGACGCAUCUACAGAUGCUACUGCAAGUUAAAGAUGGAAUGAAAGACCUAAUGUUCUCUUUUUCGUAAUCAGUGGUUAACGAUAAUCAGAACACCAAGAGAAAAAUGAAGUGUAAUAUAUACCUUUGUGAUUUCGAGUUUUGGUACUUGUUUGUACUGUAAAUGUAUUGUAAAUCAAAAUGUAAUAUAUCGUUGCUGAUUCAAGUGAAUCAGCAACGAUAUAUCAUAAGGAUUUUGAAACAAGUGGUAGCUGCAAUAUUUGAGUGUGGGUAAUUUUAUUGGUAUACAUGUAGCAUGUAGUUUUUUGAUUUUGAAUUCUUAAAUGCCUUUAGGGUUCAUGUAGCUGUGCUAACGCAACUGCUAGUACUUUUUAUAGAUAGGUUAUAUAAAGAAUUCAAUUUAAAGAUGUGCAAAUUUUAAACAUGUAUAUAAUUUAUUAAGAGUUAUACAGGUGAAAGUUGUCGAUUUUUAUUGUAAUGUAUUACUGGGUUUGUAUAAUUAAUCUUUGUACUUAUUCUCCUGAGUAUUUACAAUUUUUUAAGACACAUGGAAUGCUUAGAUUGCAAAGUUAAUGAAUGAUAUCUUACGCAGACCAUGUUGGUUGAAUGUUUGCGUUCAUCCUUUCUUAUUUAACGAAGGAAAGUGAAAAAACAACGAAUGUCGCAGACAAGAAUGCAUGUUUUUACAAUGUUUUAAUCCCUGAAUUGCUUUUUUUAAGUCAGAGAAACAAUUCAGAGAUCUCGUAAUUUAUUGAUAAUCAAUUUUGGUGAAGAUACGCGUAAUUGUAUUUUAUCAAUGUCACUUUUAUCGUCAGUUUGAAGAGUAAGUGAUGUAUAUAGAACAAAACGAGAAUUAUUGUUUGGGUCAAUGAAUUCUUCACUAUAUUUGCAAUUUCAG